CAACCAAUCGGAGUGCAAGACGCCCACUUUUGUUUGUGGGCGUUACUGUUGGCUCGACCAAUCAGUUGCCCGCUUUGAACAAAGUUGGUGUGAGCGGAGGAGAGGAGUUGCUGCUGCUUCUGAAGUUCACUUGUUUAUCCAGCACCAUGGGAAAAAAGAGUCGAGUGAAGACUCAGAAGUCGGGCUCUGCGGCCACCACCGUGGCCUCCCCGAAAGAGAUGAUGAACCUCAUCUCUGAGCUGCUGCAAAAAUGCAGCAGUCCAGCGCCCUCCUCUGGUAAAGAGUGGGAAGAAUAUAUCCAAAUCCGAGGUUUGGUGGAGAAGAUCAGAAAGAAACAGAAAGGUUUGACCACAGUGUUCGAGGGCAGCCGGGAGGACAGCUUCCCUGAUCUGAUGUCCUGGGCUCAGGAGAACGGAGCGUCUUGUGACGGAUUUACCGUCACCAACUUUGGGACGGAAGGUUACGGCCUUCGAGCCACCAGAGACAUCAAGGCAGAGGAACUGUUCCUGUGGGUUCCCAGGAAGAUGCUAAUGACGGUGGAAUCGGCCCAGAACUCCAUUCUUGGUCCCAUAUACAGCCAGGACCGGAUCCUGCAGGCCAUGGGCAACGUGACUCUGGCGCUGCACCUGUUGUGCGAGCGUGCUGACCCGGCCUCCUUCUGGCUGCCGUACAUCCGCAGUCUUCCUCAAGAGUACGACACGCCGCUGUACUACCAGCAGGAGGACGUCCAGCUGCUGCUGUGCACCCAGGCGGUGCAGGACGUCCUGAACCAGUACAAGAACACGGCACGCCAGUAUGCUUACUUCUACAAACUGGUGCAGACUCACCCGGCUGCCAGCAAGCUGCCGCUGAAGGACGGCUUCUCAUUCGACGACUACAGGUGGGCCGUCUCCUCUGUGAUGACCCGUCAGAACCAGAUCCCCACGGUGGACGGCAGCCGGGUCACUCUGGCCCUCAUCCCCCUCUGGGACAUGUGUAACCACACCAACGGCCUGAUAACCACCGGCUACAACCUUGAGGACGACCGCUGCGAGUGCGUGGCGCUGCAGGACUACAAAGAGAACGAACAGGUCUACAUCUUUUACGGCACGAGGUCCAACGCGGAGUUCGUCAUCCACAACGGCUUCUUCUUCCAGGACAACGCCCACGACAGAGUGAAGAUCAAGCUGGGCGUCAGUAAAAGCGAACGCCUUUACGCCAUGAAGGCUGAAGUUCUGGCUCGAGCCGGCAUCCCGGCGUCCUGCGUUUUUGCGCUGCACUGUAAUGACCCCCCCAUCUCAGCUCAGCUGCUGGCCUUCCUCAGAGUCUUCUGCAUGACCGAAGAGGAGCUGAAGGACUACCUGCUUGGAGAACGAGCCAUCAAUAAGAUCUUCACUCUGGGUAACAGUGAGUUUCCCGUCAGCUGGGAGAACGAGAUCAAGCUGUGGACGUUCCUGGAGACCCGAGCUGCUCUGCUCCUCAAGACCUACAAGACCACGUCAGAGGAAGACCGCUCCAUCUUGGAGAAACCGGAUCUGUCCCUUCACACCCGCCUAGCUGUCCAGCUCCGUCUGGCCGAGAAACAGAUCCUGGAGAACGCGUCAGCCAGCGGACGAGCAAAGCGCCUGCAGUUCCAAGAGAAGCUGAACGAAGGCGCCCCUCUGCCACAGUUUGAAGAAAGUGACAUUGCUUUGCUGGAAAAUAACGAUCCGGACGCAAAACUUCCCGUCAUUCUGCACAAGCUGGAGGAGGUGGAGGAGGGUCAGGGGAUGGAGGAAGAGGAGCCGCUCCUAAAUGGGGGGAAGGGGGACUAUGGGAUGGGUACAGAGCCAAACGGAGAAGCCGUGCUGGAGAAGACUCAGAAGACCCUCGGAGAUUCAGUUUUGAUCCAGAAUGGAAGUUUAGACCAGAAAGGUCCGCAGGAACCGGAGAACCCAAGUGCCAAUCGAACUGAGGAGCAGCCCAUAGACACCAGUGCUUAAACACACCCCACUUCCUGCUGAAGCUCAUGCUAAUAAUUUAUUUUUCUGUCUGUUACAAGACUCAGAAAUCUAGAGCAGCAUGGUUUUCUUUAGUCGCCCGCCGCUGAACUGUUGUGAUUAGUGAUGUUUGGUUUGACGCCUUCAGCUCCAGACGGCUGCCAGCCAACAGAACCGCUUCCGGGAAACAGUUCAGCGCAGGAAGAAGUGAAGUGACUCGGUGAAUGUCGUUUUUUAUGAAGCCAAAAUCUUUUCGGUCGUCGAUUAUCGUUUCGUUUGACUCCAUUUGCGUUGCAGGUGGCUUAAGUUGACAAUCAUUCUCCCAGCUCCUCCCACAUGUACAGACUGAAACAAAUCGAAAAAAAAAAGUCAGGAAAGAAUCGGAAAACCGAGUUUUGGGGAAUGUAUCAUUUGGGUGAUGACAUCAUCCACGGAUCAGACUGAAGCCAUAUCCAGCUCCUGCUGGACUGGAGAACGACGUGUGUCAGAUUUUCAGACGGAAUCUGUUUUUGUUUUUUUUUGUGUGGGACUGUCUAAAAAUAAAUCUUUGUAGAAGAAACUGACUGCAGAAGCGGACUGAUGAUGUGCAUCGGACUAAUCAACAAUCUGGAUUUUUAAACAGGUGAAGAUUUCCCAUUAGAACGUUUAAAAAACAUAUUUAAUAUAAUUAAAGAAAAUUAGAGAGAGUAGUCCAUCUUGUAUAUUUAAACUAUCCUUUUGCAGAAGUUCUCAGAGCUGAGACGUUCAUCCAAAGAAGAGUCUUCAUGGACAAAGACGACAUCUUGACACUUUUUGAUAUAAGAGCCACUAAAUUUAACAGCAGUUGGAGGAAGUUUGGAUCUUCAGGAUUGACUGAGCGAGUUAGUAACGAUCGAUCACCUGAUCGCUUCAGAUUUUAGACCUGGAAAACCAGCUCCAGCAAUCAGACCUAUAAAUGCAAAGUUUUUCAUCUUGUAAACAUGUGUUUUAUUUUUGUCUGAUCAGUCUAUCAUUUUUUUUUUUUCGAAAGCAGGAAGAAAUUAAAAAAAAAGACUUCCUUUUCAUUUAUCUGAAACAGAUUUGUUUAGAGAAACAUGUUUGUUUUGUACUUCACAGAAGAAGUUUGCACUUGUCAAAUGGGAGGUUGUUGGCAGUAAAGACGUUUGGAUGCUUGA